CGACGUUCAUAAGAGAGCAGCACACUACUGCAGUAGCAGUAGUAUAGUAGCAGUCAUGGCUAUUGGACUUAGAUCAGUGAAAAGUGAAUGGCAGUGAAGCAGCCUGACGGAUAUUCUAAUUCAAAAUAGUAAAAUACUUUGUGGUUUUAAACAAGCUUUGAUGAUAGUUUCGGAGUUCUUGUAGUAAUUCGCUUGUAUUAAUAUUUCAAGCUAACAGACAAAUCAAUUCCUUUAUCUUGUGGGGUGAUCCGGCAAAUAUGCCUAAGAGAAAAAGCCAAGCCCUCAUCGAUUCCGACAGUAGCAAGAGUUCAGAAGAGAGCGGCUCUGAUUUGGAAAAUGACUUACUGUCCUUAGCUAAAAAGAAAAAAGGAAAGCCUAAUAACGAUGACUCGGAAUCUGAAGAUAGUAGUCAAACUAAAAAAGACAAAGUCUUUGACUCUGAAACAUCUGACUCUGAUGAUGAUUGGAAUGCCAAAAGUGGGAAAUCAAAGAAAAAGAAGUCAUCGGGAAAAAGAAAUAAAAUGAAGAUGUCAAAGUCCAGUAGUGGAGAAAGUGAUGAUGAAAGUGAAAAAGAGGAACCUGCAAAGGUUUCAGAACCAGAAGAAGGUGAAGUAUCAGAUUCCGAUGAUAGUGAUUCAGAUUCAAGUCAGGAAGAAUUUAAUGAUGGAUAUGAUGAAAAUCUUAUGGGCGAUGCUGAAGAUCAAGCUAGGCUGGCUCAAAUGACUGAAAAAGAAAGAGAACAAGAAAUUUUCAAACGUAUAGAACAGCGAGAUAUUAUGAGAACAAGGUUUGAAAUUGAAAAGAAACUUAGAAUGGCACGGAAGCAAGAAAUGAAGAAACAAAAAGAGUUCAAAAAGAAAGAAAAAGGAGAUGAGAAAAAGAUUGAUAGAGCUCCAGAUCUUAAAGAAAGAAGUAAAGAUCGUAAAAAGACAAUUGAAGAAAAACAAGAUAAAAAAUCUAGUGCCAUGGCUUUACUGAAGGCUAGACGUGAAGAAAAACGAGAAAGAGAGGAAAAAGAAAAGCAGAAAAUGGAAGAACAAAAACAACAAUCAAAGGAUGAGGAAGAAGAACUUGAAGGAGAUCAUAAAGGUGGCUCUAAAACAAAAUUGAAAGCUUCCGAUAUUUAUUCGGAUGAUAGUGGUUCUUCAGAUAGUGAUGAAGAUGAAGAGCCUAACAAGUCAGUAUCAAGACAAAGAUCUUCGUCUAGUUCUUCCAGAGACUCUGACUCUGACACAGAUAAAAAAUCUACCGUAAGUAAGUCUAAGAAAGUAAUUUAUGUUAAUACAAAAGAAGAAUUAAACAAAAUACGAUUAUCACGUCACAAAAUGGAACGUUUCGUACAUCUUCCGUUCUUUGAAAGAAUUGCCCAAGGAUGUUUUGUAAGAAUAGGUAUUGGAAAUAAUAAUGGUAGACCAGUGUACAGAGUAGCAGAAAUAAGUGGCGUAUGUGAGACUGGUAAAAUCUAUCAGUUAGGUAGUACGAGAACAAAUAAAGGCCUUAAAUUACGCCAUGGAGCUCAGGAACGAGUAUUCAGACUAGAAUUCGUUUCAAAUCAAGAAUUUACUGAAUCAGAAUUUUUCAAAUGGAAAGAAACUUGCUCUUUGCAAGGAAUAUCUAUGCCUACCUCAGAUGAAGUUGAUCAAAAACUAAAAGACAUCAAGGAAGCAAUGGUGUACGAAUUCAAAGAAGAAGAUAUCGAAAAAAUUGUAAGGGAAAAAGUGCGAUUUAAAGGAACACCGUACAAUUAUGCGAUGAAAAAAGCUCAGUUAAUGCGUGAAAGGGAUGCUGCUAAUUGUAGAGGAGAUGACGAAACGGCUAGUCGAUUGAAUGUAGAAAUUAGCGAACUCGAAGAACGAGCUUCUGAUCUGGAUAAAAAACGCUCUGCCACUAUCUCAAGUAUAUCAUAUAUUAAUGAUAGAAAUCGAAAAAAAAAUGUAGAAGAGGCAGAGAAAGCAAUUUUGGAAGAAAUAAAAGCUAACAAAGGCAAAGUAACUGAUGAUCCUUUUACUCGACGUAGUACAAGACCGAAAAUGUUUUCCCAAAAAGAGGAAGACACUUCAAAAGAUGAACCUGCCAAGACUACUCUACCCACGGAAACCAUCUUAACACCAUCCAUUAAAAAAGAAGAAUCUCCUCCUGACUCUAAGAAGAAGCAGACAACAGACCUAUUUAAUGCUCAUAAUUUUGAUAUUAUGAUUGAUCUAGAAGUUCCCAUAACAAAUAACACAGUAAAUGUACUUCCUAAACCAAUUACCAGUAUAAAAGAUUCAGGACCACGAAGGUCUUUAAAUUUGGAGGACUACAAGAAAAAACGGGGUUUAAUAUAAUGAUUAUGAAGUACUAGAAAUAAAAUGAAAUGUGGCUCAAUGGAUUAUAGUUACAUAAAUUAAGGACUAUUUGUUACGUUAAGUAUAAAAACGUGAUUGAAAUAAAUACGAUGGCAUGAUUAUGCCACGACUUAACACCUCAACAAAUCUAUGAGGUUCUUGUAUUUUGCUUUUGCAAUAUAAUAUUUCUAUCCAACUUAAUCCAAGGCACAUAAUUGGUACAAUUACAUCAGGUAAAAAUUUCAUGAAAAAGUGUACAGUUCGCGUUACAAAUCGUUACUGAGAAUCUGUAAUAACAUUUAUUUUAUUAUGCAUGAAAAAAAAUCGUUUUUUUUUAAAUGUAAUUUUUAUUUGAAAUAUUAGACAUAACAACUGUAUAACACUUGCGAAUAAUUUUUGUGAAUGACACCGUUGGAUAAUUUAGAAACAUAUGUUAAAUUUAAUGAUAUGAUUGUCAUGUUUUGUGAAUAUUUGAAGCUAAAAUAAAUUAUUUAUAUUAUAUAACCUGAAGUUUAUAACUUCAAAAUGCAGGCGCACCUUAUUUUAGAUCCGAUGAUAAUGUAUCAUUAAUACUUUCUUGUACAAUUUUUUUAACAUUAGUUUGACAUUAUGAUUUUACGCUCGCUUUGUCAAAAGUUUACGUUUUUUUAAGAUUAAUAAAAAUAAAAUAUUGUUAAUUUAAAUUCCGUAAAGUAAUAAAAAAACUCACAUAUGACACCAAAAGAGAUUAAGUUUAUAUAUAACAGAUUUUAUAAUUCCUCUAAGCAUCAGUGAAGCCUAUGGUUUCAAAAUAUGAUGUUUUAUAAGAAAUUGAAGUGACUAUUAGAAUAAAAAUAUAUAUAGUACUAAUGAUAGUUUGAAUGCAAAUAUGCCAGACAAACUUUCUUUUAUAAUAUAACUGCGAGAUUUUAGAGUAUGAUUGUUUUGCCAAUUUGACAAAUUUCCAAAAAUUUUAUCUCGUUAUAAACCUGCAUUUUGAAAGCUCUAUUUCUGAAUUAUUACAAUUUUUAAAUAUGUAAAAUGAAAUUAAUUUUAGUCUAUCAAUUAACUAGGUAAUUCUGAGUGACAUUGUAAAAGAAUGGAGUUAAUUUCGAAAAAAUUUCUAUUUAAACAAUUUCAGAUGGUGAUAAUAAGAAACAUCACAAUUUUAGAAUAAUGUAGUUACAAAUUUUUGAAAUCAACUCUGUUUUUACUCAAAUUACUAACAUUGAAACAAGUUAUCAUUAUCUAUUCUUAAGGGAAAGCACGUUAUCUCUUGUCAAAUAGUUUGUAAUGAUUUGAUGACAUUCUUUACGUAGUAUUUUGUAAUAAGUUACGUAAUUAAAAUACGGAAUUGUUAGAAUGGAAUGUGAAGUUUCGGACUGAUCAUUGUAAAUUAGAUAAAUUAGUUUUAUAGAACUAGGUUUUUUUUCUGAAGAAACAUUGCUAUAAUACUACAAUGUACAUAAAAUGUAUAUUUCGUACAUAUUUACGAUUGUAAAUAACGAUAUCAUGUUCAAAAUACAAUGCUGAAUGUAAGUAACCUGUGAAAUUUCAUUAUUCAUCCAUAAAGUAGAAUGUAAAGCAGCUCAUUGUAUGACAUCUUUUUAGCAUACA